AUGGAUGCUUACUCGAUCUCCUUCACCAGUACCUCCCAACGAGCUUUCUCUCGCGUGUGGAGCGACCUCAAGACCUGUCGCCAGUACAGCGUCGUAGACAUGGGCAACCUAACGCAGGAGCCGGUGCCGAACCUGGAGCAUAAGAUUGGAGAGCGCCGAGCUCGGAAUCCCGGUCGCAAGCCACAUAUCGUCGUCGUCGGAGCUGGUCUAGCCGGCCUGCGCUGCACCGACGUCCUCCUCCAGCACGGAUUCGACGUGACUCUGCUCGAAGGCCGGAAUCGGCUGGGGGGUCGCGUGUGCCAAUCGAGGUUACCGUCGGGCCACCUCGUGGAUGCUGGCCCGAAUUGGAUCCACGGCACCAACGACAACCCUAUCUUAGAUCUCGCAAAGGAGACCAAGACCGCGGUAGGGUCAUGGGACGAGCGAAGUUCCGUCUUCGACGAGGCGGGCAAUCAACUACCUCUCUCCGACGCCGAGGCCCACUCGACCACCAUGUGGAACAUCAUCGCAGAUGCCUUCCGCCACAGCAAUAACCACUCGGCGACGAUCAGCCCCGACGAGAGCCUCUGGAACUUCUUCGAGAGGGAGGUCCCCAGGAGGAUACCAGACACCGAUCCGGACUUCGAACAAAAGAGGAAAAUCGUCUACCAGGUCGCCGAGUCUUGGGGGGCUUUCGUCGGCAGUCACAUCUUUACCCAGAGCCUUAAAUUCUUCUGGCUGGAAGAGUGCAUAGACGGCGAGAACCUGUUCUGUGCAGAUACCUAUCAAAAGAUUCUCGAAGCGGUGGCAAGACCAGCCGUCGAAGGCGCGACGAUCAAGUACGAAACCAUCGUCAACAAGGUCCAGAGUACGAGCGACGAGGGUGGCCCCUUAAAGGUUCACACCGAAGGCGGAGAGGCCUUCGAGUUCGACGAAGUUGUCUUCACUGCGCCGCUCGGCUGGCUAAAACGACACGCGCAAAGCACCUUUGAACCGGCGUUGCCGGCGCGACUAACCAAGGCAAUCGACAAUAUAGGCUAUGGCUGCCUCGAGAAGGUCUACAUCAACUUCCCCAAAGCAUUCUGGCGUUCCGACCGUCCUCGGGACGGAGAGGUGCAAGGGUUCUGCCAGAUGCUCUCACCGAACUACGCGACGGACUCGAAUCCGCACCGGUGGAACCAGGAAUUCUUGGAGCUAGCCUCGCUGACACCCUCAGCGGCGCAGCCAACGCUGCUGUACUAUUUCUACGGCGACCAGUCGAGGUUCAUCACGGGCGAGCUGGCGCGGCUGGGGUCGAAGGAGAAGCAGGAGGCCUUCCUGGUUGAGUGGUUCCGGCCCUACUACUCGCGGUUACCGCACUACGACGCGGCGUCGCCGGACUGCCAGCCGACGGGGUGCUACGCGACGGAGUGGCUCAACGACGAGCUCGCGGGCCGCGGCAGCUACAGCAACUUCCAGGUCGGGCUCGAGGAGGGCGACGCGGACAUCCAGGCGAUGCGCGAGGGCCUCCCCGGCCGCGGCCUCUGGCUCGCAGGCGAACACACGGCGCCGUUCGUGGCGCUCGGUACGGCGACGGGCGCCUACUGGAGCGGCGAGUCGGUCGGCAAGCGGAUCGCGCAGGCGUACUCGAGGGAGAAGGGCGGCGCGACAGUGCUGCAGUGAAGCCGGUUACGAGCGGGUUAGAGCAUUAUGCCGAGAUACGGCGGCGUCAAAGGUGGGAUGUGAAGGACUAUCCGUGCGAUGAAUAACAGCGUGCGCAUCGUGUUCUUGCGUUUAUUAGAGCGGAGCGGAGCAGAGUAGAUUAGCGGCAAGGGAGUGCAGAACAGAGAUACAUAGGUAGAUGCCGUAUCUCGGAUCGAGGCCCUGCACUGAAUAUAGGACUACGCAGUGGAUAUGUCUUAGCGCGAAAGGUCGGAUGCGUCGCGCCGGAAUAUCCCGAAAGCCUCAAGACGAAGAGGAAGAUGGAAAAGGAGGCUAUUUCUGUCGGCUGCUAGCAGAAAAUACCAGCCUACCUCGCUCUUGCUAGUAUAUACAUCCAAGCACCUAAUAGAUACCUGACAUGAGUCGUUAGGUUGUGGCAUUCCG